GCUCGGGCGGAGGGAAGGGGGAGGGAACUAGAGGAGGAGGAGGUUAGCCGAGGCAGCUACAGCGGCGGCGGCGUAGGGGCUGGUACGCGCUGGGCGGCGAGAGCCUCAUGGCGGAGGAAGAGAGCGAUCAAGAGGCCGAACGCCUCGGAGAAGAGCUCGUGGCCAUUGUGGAGUCACCGCCAGGCCCUGUUGGGCUCAGAGCUGCGGGUGACGGCAGAGGUGGCGCUGGCAGCGGCAGCUGCGGUGUCGGCGGCUUUGGGAUCAGCAGUCGGGAUUACUGCCGACGCUUCUGUCAGGUGGUUGAAGAUUAUGCUGGAAGAUGGCAGGUCCCUUUGCCACAGCUUCAGGUUCUUCAGACUGCACUUUGCUGUUUCACAUCAGCCAGUGCAUCAUUCCCAGAUGAAUGUGAGCACGUACAGUAUGUUUUGAGUAGCCUUGCUUUGAGCUUCUUUGAGUUGCUGCUGUUCUUUGGAAGAGAUGAGUUUUAUGAAGAGCCACUAAAGGAUAUUCUUGGAUCAUUCCAGGAAUGCCAGAAUCACCUCCGCAGAUAUGGAAAUGUGAAUCUGGAACUGGUGACUCGAAUCAUUAGAGAUGGUGGCCCAUGGGAAGAUCCAGUGUUGCAAGCUGUUCUUAAAGCCCAGCCAGCAUCUCAGGAGAUAGUGAACAAAUAUUUAAGUUCUGAAAAUCCACUGUUCUUUGAACUACGUGCCAGAUACCUAAUUGCUUGUGAACGCAUACCUGAAGCAAUGGCUCUUAUCAAAUCUUGUAUAAAUCACCCAGAAAUCAGCAAAGACUUGUACUUCCAUCAAGCACUCUUCACAUGUCUGUUUAUGUCACCUGUAGAAGAUCAACUAUUCCGGGAGCAUUUAUUGAAAACUGAUUGUAAGAGUGGAAUUGAUAUCAUCUGUAACACUGAAAAAGAAGGCAAGACUAUGUUAGCUUUGCAACUCUGUGAAUCUUUUCUUAUUCCGCAGCUCCAGAAUGGGGAUAUGUACUGUAUCUGGGAGUUGAUUUUCAUAUGGAGUAAACUCCAGCUUAAGUCUAAUCCUUCAAAGCAAGUUUUUGUAGAUCAAUGCUACCAGCUUUUAAGAACAGCAACUAAUGUGAGAGUCAUAUUUCCUUUCAUGAAAAUCAUUAAAGAUGAGGUUGAAGAAGAUGGCUUACAAAUCUGUGUCGAAAUAUGUGGUUGUGCCCUACAACUAGAUCUUCAUGAUGAUCCCAAAACUAAAUGUUUAAUAUAUAAAACAAUUGCACAUUUUUUGCCAAAUGAUUUGGAGAUCCUCAGGAUUUGUGCACUCUCAAUAUUUUUUCUUGAGCGCUCCCUGGAAGCUUACCAUACUGUUGAAGAGCUUUACAAACGUCCAGAUGAGGAAUAUAACGAAGGCACAAGUAGUGUUCAAAAUCGAGUUCGUUUUGAAUUACUUCCGAUUUUGAAAAAGGGAUUGUUUUUUGAUCCUGAAUUCUGGAACUUCGUAAUGAUUAAGAAAAAUUGUGUAGCAUUAUUGAGUGAUAAAUCAGCAGUUAGAUUUCUAAAUGAAAGUACACUGGAAAAUUCUACAGGUAAUCUGAAAAAGGCAGUGGAACAGCAAGGUUUAGAUGAAGGGCUUGACUCUCUUACCGAUCAGAGCACUGGAGAGCCUGAUCCUGAUGAUUUGUCUAGAGUGCAACCUAAGGGUCACAUUAAUACAAAGAAAAAUCUUAUGGCUCUUAAUGUUUCCAAAGUAGAUCACAAUGUCCCAAGGCAUCGGUGUAUGUUAUGUAACAAGGAAUUUCUAGGCGGUCACAUUGUAAGGCAUGCCCAGGCUCAUCAGAAAAAGGGCAGUUUUUCAUGUGUGAUAUGUGGUAGGAAAUUUAGAAACAAAGGACUUAUGCAGAAGCAUCUAAAGAAUCAUGUUAAGAAAAUACAAAGACAGCAAAUUGCUGCAGCUCAACAGGAGGAUCAAGAAAUCCCCGCUGUGGAAGAAAUAAAUUGUUCCGAUGCUUUCAUUUCGUUUGAGAAUGGGAAUUCUGAUAAUAAGGAUUUGGAAGCAGACACAAUUACUGCUUCCAGUGAUGGAAACAAAGAGGUCAUCCCUGCACAUGUGGCUGAAUUCAUUGAAAUUCCCGUAAGUGUAUCCGAAGAUGUAAUUGAGAACAUGAUUGAAAAUGGGAAUCCUGAUACUUCUUUAAAUAAUGUCUCAGAAACUUUGCCUGUAUGUGAGGAUGACUAUGAGGAGGAAGAGGAGGAAGAAGGUGAUUAUGAAGAAGACGAUUAUGACCUGAAUCAAGAAACUUCCGUACUUCAUAAAAUCAAUGGAACUGUGUGCCAUCCAAAAGAGAUAUAUGCUACAGAUCAAGAAGGGAACUUUAAGUGCCCUGCUCUUGGUUGUGUCAGGAUAUUUAAAAGAAUCGGAUUUCUAAAUAAACAUGCAAGGACUGUACAUCCAACUGAUUUAAAUGUGCGGCAAACAGUAAUGAAGUGGAGCAAAGGAAAAUGCAAAUUCUGUCAAAGGCAAUUUGAAGAUUCUCAACAUUUUAUAGAUCACCUUAAUAGACACAGCUACCCAAAUGUGUACUUCUGUUUGCAUUUUAAUUGCAACGAGUCAUUUAAGUUGCCAUUCCAGCUUGCUCAGCACACAAAAAGUCACAGGAUAUUUCAAGCUCAGUGUAGUUUUCCAGAAUGUCACGAGCUUUUUGAAGAUCUUCCUCUGCUCUAUGAACAUGAAGCUCAGCACUAUUUGAGUAAAACACCAGAAUCCUCCGCACAACCAAGUGAAACAAUUCUUUGGGAUGUUCUUACAGACUCAAAUCCGAAUCAUCAGGAAAAAGACUCAUCUAGUAAUGAGAAACAAACUCUCACUCUGCCAGUUUCUACUAGCAAAUCAAGGAAAGAUUCCAUAGAACCAAAGACGUGUACAGAAAGUAUGGAGAAGAAAACAGAUGGUUUAGUUCAGAAUGGAAAUGAACAUUCUGACGACACUGUUUCUGAUAUAAGCUUGAUAGACCAAAAGAUGCCUGACAUAGAGCCAAAUCCUGAAAGUAAUUAUAGUAUUAGUGAUUUAGUCAAUGGACACAGUGGAACAGAGCAGACACCUUUAGUUUCGUCAGAGCCUGCUUUGAAAACUGAUACAAAUAGAAUCAGGACAGAAAAUGGUUCCAUUUUACCCAGUGUUGUACCACAAGAACAUAAUACCCUGCCAGUAUCUCAGGCACCUUCCAAACCAAAUCUGACGAGUGAACAUACUUCAUAUGGCUUAAUUUUAACAAAGCCGUAUGUCAGACCACUGCCUCCCAGUUACCUUGAUGAACGGUACCUUAGUAUGCCAAAACGCAGAAAAUUUCUGACUGAUAGAGUAGAUGCCUGUUCUGAUCAAGAUAACGUUUGUAAAAAAUCCGUGAAAAGAUUAAGAUGUGGCAAAUGCCUGACCACCUACUGUAAUGCAGAAGCACUUGAGGCUCACCUUGCACAAAAGAAAUGUCAGACACUCUUUGGAUUUGAUUCAGAUGAUGAAAGUGCCUGAUAAAAAUGUUUCAGAAUGAUCUGUCGAUCAAGCAGUAGUGUGAGAAAAGCACUGCAAGAAAUUGCAUCAUCAGUUUGCUAUUUUCCUGAUGGCCUUAAUUUUCAAGCGGUCUUGGAUUUACUAAAGAUAAAGACAAAGCACAUUUUCUAGAAUGAACUCAGAGAGGAGAUGUGCUGGUUUAGACUCCAAAAGGGUUAUUAAAAAACUCCCAAAGUACCAGUUAUCCAGAAAACCACAUUUUUUAAAAAGUUGAUGACUAUUAAUGCAGCAUGUUCAGUUUUACCUAUGUGAGAAACAUGUUCGGGCAACUAGUCAGAAAGGAAAACCAGCUAUGGCCUUACAGAAAGGGAAAAGUUAACCAGUUAUUAAAAAAAAGGGGGGGGGGAAGUGGGGGUGGUUUACAAUAAACAGCUUAAAGUAUUCUACAAAAGAAAUUUGUUUUCUUGUCAUGCAUAAUCAGAUUAUGUCCUCCCCUUCUCGUCAAACACGGUUUAAAGAACUAUUGGUAUUUGGUUUAUUAUAAUUUAAAAACUGAUACAUGAAAAUAAAAUUUGAUUUAUCACCAUGCUAUCCAUAAAAGAUUGUAACUUGUUUCCAGAUGAUUGAUUAGACAGGAUAGAGUUCAAUGAAUGGCAUGCCAGCACUGAAAAUUAAACAAAAGAAAACAAAACACUUUGCUAAUAAGCUCCACUUUCCAUUUUGGUAAUACCAAUGAGUUGUAUUUAAAGGCAGCAGUGUCAAAUAGAAAAAGAACCAUCAGUAACUUUGAGGAGAGAUGGGAGGAAUCUAAGACCAUUAAAGGCUAUCUAAUUGAAGGAAAACACUGAAUUGCAAAUAACUCAAUGUGAAUAAUGGUAUAAGCACACUGGGAUAUUUCUAUUUGUAUAUAGAGUAGUGUUAGGACAUUGCUUGAUGAUUCAUAGUAAGGUCCUUUUAGACAUUAAUGUGAGUUAUCUAAGUACAGUCCUAUAAAAAUAACUGGCUGUAAAAAAAAUAUGUCAGCUAAAAUCAGGUCAAGAAUUCAUUGGUUUUAUUCAGUUAGGAGAGUUAAUUCUAAAAUAAGCCAUACUACUCAUGCUUUCUUAUUUAUUAGUGAUGAAUUUGGUCUGAAUAGUAAUUUUUAUAUAUAAAAGGAAAUAUGUACACAAAAAUUUGCACAGCAAGAACAGUUAAGAUAUAUUGAUGCUUUUAUUUUCCUUGAUUACCAGUAAUUUUCCUAAGGAAGAUUUUAACUUACUAGUCAAUGAAUUGUUCAAACACAAAAUGUUUUUUAAAAUACCCUCUCAGAUACGUUCCACUUGUACAUUCUCUAAAAGAGGAAAUUUAGUGAUCUUUUACCUAGUAGUGUGUUAAUCUAUAGCAGGGAUAAAAUGAACAAAAAUACAAAGGCAAAUUCUUAAAAAAUGGAGCUACUAAUGUGCCAUCGUCAACCAAAUAUUCCAGUUAUUCAAACAGACACGUUUUUGUUCAAAGCAGAUAAUCUUGUCAGACCUUAGUAUUAUAGCUUCUUUAAUGAAGUCACUAAGGAAGGGGCAUUUCUUCAAGGUAGCAUCCAGACUUUAUCAAGUUGGGAUUUCCAGGCCAUGAGGAUUUUUAAAAAUUCCCAAUUUUAUUAUUUAUUCAUUCACUACUAUGCAAGUGAUAGUCACAAGUCCAUUCCAAUCAAAUUUAAGUUUUUGUUUUGUUGUGUAGCCUACAUUAGGCUGUGGGAUUUACAUUUAAAUGACACAUAAGUAAAUGCAACUCAAUCAGAUUUUUAAAUCCAUUAAGGUCAACUAAAAAAAAAAAAAUGUUUUCCGUAUUUCCUAAAGCUAAAAAUAUACUUGAGUUCUAUUUCAGUUCAAUAUAAAGUACAUCAUGUAAUAAAAAGUCUGUUUGGACACUAUUUGGACAGUGAGGUUUUUUUUUAAUAUAAUUUCUGCUUUGUAUAUUUUCCAGAAGUUUAAAAUUACAAUUUAGCAUUUUAUCACAUCUUUUAACUUUCACUUUUUAUAAGUUGUGACUAUUGACAUAAAUCCAUGUCUGAAAAUUGUUAUUUUUAUUCAUUAUGCAGUUCAUAUCAAGAGGUUUUAAACAUAUUCCACUUGUUAAUUUUAUUUUUAAUUUGAGGUUUUAUUUCUACUUUUGUGUUGCUAAGGGAAAACUAUUUCUGAAACAUUGAGAUCAAAUUGGCCUAUAAAUAAUUAAAUCAAGGAAUGUUUUAUAAAAACCUAUUUGGCUAUGCUGUUCUAAACCUCUUUAUAUAAUCCUCAAAUAAUUGCUAUUGAAAGAAUGUGUACAUUUCAUCAUGUAUGUCUUAUAAAGCAUAAACUUACAUCAUUUUGCUUUUGUGGGGUGCAUAAACUUCCAACAGUUCUCAUUGGGGAUUUGGAAGAAAAGGAAGCUUUCUUAUUCCUCAGUUCUUCUCUUUUACUUUUCUACUUCUUCUAUUUUGAGGAUGUGUUUAUCUUACAUGGACCAAGUUUCAAUCUUUUUUUUUUUUAAUAAAAAUUUCCUUCAAAACAUUAAAUAUUAACUUUCUGCUGUCUCAGUAAGGUCAAGAAAAUAGCAAAUCUGAAUUUUUGCUGCUCAGAUAUUACAGAAAAGAGGGAUCUCCGUGGACAAGGACACUGGUACUUUGGGUUCUAGCCAUAUCCAUUUUUUUAAACCACCGAUUAUAUGAGUAGAUAACUUAUAACACUGAACUUGUGAUUCUUUUCAAAUCACACUUGAAGGUUCAGCCGUACUCAUUUCAUGUUUGGUUUAAACUGUUGUAUGGAUGAAAAACCUAAAAGGGAUGAUAGUGUUUAUCUUUUAAUUUAUUUGGUACUGUAAAACACCUUUUCAGAAUGCCUAAAUGCUGCAUAUGCAUUUUGGAAUUGUUAAUAUGUGAAAGAUAUUACAGAUUCAGCAAGAAAGGAAAUUUGUGCUUCCUUGUUGAACAUUAAAUUAUUUUACUUUGCAUUUUAUAAGAGUACAAAUUAAAACUGAGCCAUUGAACUGCAAUAAUUCAACAAUAGCGUCUCAUUUCAAGAAAUUUUUUGUACUGUACAUAGAC